AGAGGUGAAAGGAAAGAGCGAGGCAAAGGGGAGGAAGCGGAAAAGUGACAGUGACGCCGGCACGAGGAACAAGAAGGAGCGGUGUUCUGGUUCGGCUAGCGAGGAGGACGAAGCGGCCGAGGGGGACGGGGCCGGCCCGGAGGCCGAGCAGCCGGCAGAAGUGAAACAGGAAGCGGCAGUGAAGCGUGAAGAGGCUGAUGGCGAGGAUGCAACAACCAAAUCCAAGGGCUCAAAAGACGUGAAAAAGGAGAGGCCAAUGACUGGAAUAUUCGGCCUUUCGAACAAGUCAGAUUCGAACGGCCAAGCCAAGACCGACGGUAACGAGUACGACCCGUCGAAAAAGAAGUAUCACCCGGUGAAAGACGCGAUAUGGAAUGCCGGGCAAAAGGUGCCGUACCUGGCGCUGGCGCGCACGUUCGAGCUGAUCGAGAGCACCAGCGCGCGCCUCAAGAUGAUCGACAUCCUCUGCAACUACCUGCGCUCGGUGGUGGCGCUCAGUCCGGACGACCUGCUUCCCUCCGUAUACCUGUGCCUCAACCGGCUGGCGCCCGCUUACCAUGGCAUCGAGCUCGGCAUCGGCGAGGGCGCCAUCACCAAGGCGGUGGCGCUGUCCACGGGCCGAACCGUGGACAAGGUGCGCGCCGAGGCGGGCGAGCGCGGCGAUCUGGGCCUGGUGGCCGAGGCCAGCAAGACCCGCCAGAGGCUGAUGUUCCGGCCGGCGCCGCUCACCGUGGCCGGCGUAUUCCGCGCGCUGUGCCAGAUCGCCGAGAUGACCGGGCACGCGGCGAUGAACAAGAAGGUGGAGAAGAUGCAGUCGUUGAUGGUGGCCUGCCGGCACGCCGAGACACGCUUCAUCGUCCGCUCCCUGAGUGGCAAGCUCAGGAUCGGCCUGGCCGAGCAGUCAGCCCUUCAGGCACUGGCCCAGGCGUGCGUGAUGACGCCGCCGGAACAGCCUCGACCAGCCGAGCAGCUGGACGCCACUGCCGGCCUGUCCGCCGAGAAGGCCAAGGCCAAGGUGGAGGAGGCGGCGCUGGUGCUCAAGACCGUCUACUGCGAGUGCCCGACCUAUGACGAGAUCGUGCCGGUGCUGCUGGAGCACGGACUGCAGAAGCUGCCCGAACACUGCCGCAUCCGGGCCGGUGUGCCGCUCAAGCCCAUGCUGGCCCACCCCACCAAGGGCGUGUCGGAGGUGCUGUCGCGGUUCGAGGGCGCCCAGUUCACCUGCGAGUACAAGUACGACGGCGAGCGCGCGCAAAUUCACCUGCUGGAGGACGGCUCGAUACACGUCUACAGCCGGAACCAGGAGGACAACACCACCAAGUACCCGGACAUCAUCGCUCGCUUCAAGGCUUGCCUCACUGGCGAUGUCAGCUCGUGCAUCCUGGACUCGGAGGCGGUGGCGUGGGACACCGAGCAGAAGCAGAUCCUGCCGUUCCAGGUGCUCAGCACACGCAAACGCAAGGACGCCGGCUCGUCGGAGAUCAAGGUGCAGGUGUGCGUGUUCGCGUUCGACUUACUGUUCCUCAACGGGGAGUCCCUCGUCACCCAGUCGUUCGAGCACAGGAGAGAGAGGCUACGCAACAGCUUCAAGGAGGUGGAGGGUCAAUUCACGUUUGCCAAGAGCAUGGACUCAACCAAUGUGGAAGACAUAGCUGAGUUUUUGGAUGAGUCUGUGAAAGGCAACUGCGAGGGCCUGAUGGUCAAGACGCUGGACAGAGACGCCACGUACGAGAUCGCCAAACGGUCGCGCAACUGGCUCAAGCUCAAGAAGGACUAUCUGGACGGCGUGGGCGACACGAUCG